AUGGCUGACCAGAUUCUUGACCAAAUUCGCGAUGUUGCCGAGGGUCAGAUUCAGGACUUCGAAGGCCAGAAGCUGGCAGACUUGCUCGCAAGUGUACUCCUAGUUGUCGUCGGCGCUAUCUCCUUCAUUGUUGGCCACUUCCUCCAGGACAUCAAGCUCGCCGUCUACAUCGCCCUUGGAGGCACCGCUCUCACCUUCGUUGUCGUCGUACCCCCGUGGCCGUUCUUCAACCGAAACCCUGUCAAGUGGCUGCCUGUCGGAGGAGGAACAAGCAUAUCUACACCCCAAAACUUGGUAAUCGACGAGAAGGCACUGCGAUGA